AUCCUAUCCCCCAGCUAAUUGUUCCUGAUCUCCAAUUAUGCCUGUCACCAAACUAACCACUACGCCCAAGUUGGGCCAUCUUCUUCUUGCAAUUAUCCCCGUCAUCUUUGAUUGAUGCAUACGCAAAUCCACCUGCCUUAUCUCACGAACUACAAAUCAUCUGGUUAAGAGCCUUUGAUUCAAACCCCAGGUACAUGGUUAUCUCAAUCAUGCACGCCAGUUACUACUCUGUACUGACUCAGGCAAAAGAAUUGUUGUUGUGUACCUUUUCACUUGAAUUUUGCCUAAUAUUUUCUCUGUAUUUGACAAGCUUUCGGUGGAGUUGCCACCCUCCUUCCGUGGAGCUUGUGUCAGACGUCAAGGGGUUUGCAUAUUCCACUUCCCCGGCACACAUCCCUGAUAGCAUCGACCGUCUCAGACACAUCCUCUAGGAACUAGAAAGUAAGAACAUCAGUCCUGUUCAGUGCCUAAAAUCGACGGGUAUUGUUUUGAAGAAACCCAGAUGGGUUAAGUGAACUAGUCGCGAAGGAGUAAAUAUGUGAGCUACAUUCAGACACCCGUACACAACAUCAAUUAUCGCCUCUACUCUACUUCUCAAAGAACUUGAAAGCUUGAUGAAUACCUAAGCCUGGUAAAGUGCCUUUUGAAAGGUGUCACCGUCGUCUCUGAAAAUGGUCAAGCAAUUGAACACCGCAUGUUUGAUUAUUAUAGUCACUUUUGAAGUUAUUGGCUCGAUAUUCUGCUUUGGACGCCUAGCCUCAAGGAUAAUAUCUAAACCACGAUGGAAGGGACUGAUUAUGUGGAGUGAGUCUUCUGAAAUCUAUCAAAUUGCAUGAUUGCUAAAACAUUGUAGGUGAUAUCUGUAUGAUUAUUGCUUGGGUAAGCUAUGUGAAAGGUCAGGCUUGUUGCCCGGGAUGAAUGCUGAGGCGGAUGCAGGGCUUUUCAGUUGUGGAAACUGUUGCUAUAUACGGACGUAAGUGCUUCUUUUAGAGAAUUUGGUUAUUAUGGAAUCUCUAUAUUUGCGAGUUUUUUCUGCAUAGACGAAAACUUUCAUUCCCAACACUUCUUUUCCACAAAUUUGUGGAAGAGCACAGUCGGCUCUGUCUACUUCACGAGGCCAGUUCCAAGUCAGGCUAACCUAAGUACCAGUUACAUCCUACGCAAAAUAUGGCUACAAAACAUCGGAUCUUGUCCAAUUUACGAUUGAUAUGCCGACUAAAAUGAAAUGGGCGAUGUUCGAUUCCCUUUGCUAUAAUCCGAUCCUCGGCUUCGUCAAGGCCUCCAUGAUUCUCCUCUACCUUCGACUUGGGGGGUUGAGGCAAUCAGUUCGAUAUGCCUCAUAUGCGCUCUUAUUCAUCAAUUUUGCCCUCAUGAUCGCUAUCUUUUUUGUCGAUAUGUUUCAAUGUGUACCUUUUUCAUAUAACUUCUACUCGAUGGAGAUGGAUUUGGCGGCUCAGAUUAAAGAAAAUGCGACAGAUCCGGGAACUGGGCCUUACGGGCCUGUUACAUCUGGAUUCAAAGAUGGGAAAUAUGUGACUGGUGGGAGCUGCAUCAAUAGUAUCAAUUUCAUCUUGAUUACUGCCGGUCUUACUAUUUUUACGGACUUUUUGGUUCUAUGCAUACCAAUUUACAUGGUAAAGGAUAUGAAAAUCACUCCACCAAAAAAGAUUGCAGCAAUUUUCAUUUUAUGUAUGGGCUUGGGGUAUGUAACCAUCGUGCCUUUUGUGUUCCUUCCCGAGCACCAACUAAUAUUUGCUUUGCUAGAGUCACUGCUGUCGGUAUUUGUCGUCUUCAAUUCACUUAUCGUGCAUUUCAUCCCAAUGUUUCUGACCCAGGAUUGAACGUUAACAGCGCUGUAUCUCAAAUUGAGACGGGCCUUGCGUUAGUUAUUGGAUGCGUCCCAGAUCUCUUGCCUCUCGUCCGUCUGCUCAUCCCUGGUUUCUUGAAAUUUGCGACUAAAAAAUCGACCCACGCAGCUCAAUAUCCUUACCUUCGAACCUUGGGUUCCAGCAAGAUAUUGCGAAACCAAAAUGCGAAAGACGGCAACACACUCUACGAAGGACAUGGACUAGAUAAUCUAAAGUUACGCCCCGAGAAUGGGCUAGUGCAGUGCGAAAUCCAUGUCACAGGCGCCGCGAGUACCGAUAGCUUGACCGGUAGUCAAAUAGGAAUAUUUGACAAAAAUAUAGAUGACCAUUUCGAGCCGAUGACAAUUAUCAAGACAAUUCAUUUCUCUGUCGAGGAAUCAGACCUAAAUGAUCCAAAGAAGACUUGGAGUAAUUUUUGAGUUGAUCAGUGCCAUUACUUUAGGACAUCUUUAUUUUGGCCAAUUAUGGUUGGCGUCAAAGUAAUUUAACCUACAAUAUUAGAGAGCAGGAUGGUCCAAUGGUUGUUGCAACAGAUAUAGUGAUCGUCUCGCCUCAAAGAGCAUAUGGGGUUUUAUCAGCCUGGGGUAUGCAUAUUGAGCUGUAACAGCAUCUAGACUUCUCGUGUUAUCUCAAGAUCCUGUACACACCAACUUCAAACACCAUUCGGAAAGAAAACCCCACCAAUAGGGGUAAUGGUUCGCAACAUUGCCCCAAGUUUCUACUGUCAGAUGCGGGGAGCUACAUACAACCGCAUGCAAUGCUGGCUUGGCAUACAUAAGAGGACAAACGACCAGACAUUUACAAAGCUGACAACUUAGAAGUUCCCUUAAUUUGAUCGAUUUUUGCGCCUGGCAGGAGGAAUAUUUCAAACGCGACAUGGAGCAACAAAUUCCGUUUGUCAUUGAUUUUACCCCGCACUCAAUUUUUGGACAAAUUUCU